UUUUUCGCCAGCUUCAACACUAGGGUUUCAGACUUGCAGCAGGUCUCUCUCUCUCUAUCUCAUUUGUUAAAAUUUUCCGUCUAGAACAAAUCCGGCGUUGUUAUGGUCCGUAAUCGUAUCUAUUGGAUUCAUAAUUUUGCAUUGGGUCUUGGAUUUUAUGUGCGCCAAUUUGAUGUUGCAACUUCACACUGCGGUGAAAAUAUGAAUGAUUUUUUUUUAAUUUUUGAGAAAGUUCUUUUUUUUUUUGUUAUUUUGUUCGGUUUGUCUGUAUGAUGUUAUGUUUGAAAUUCUGUUUAUGUAUUUAAGAUCGGUGAUAUGAUUGGUUCCCCUGCUAUUUCUGAUCUAUCUGCAUUUUGAGAUUGUUCUUGCAGUUCUAGUAAGUCAAGAUGUCCAGAGUUUAUGUUGGAAAUCUUGAUCCCCGAGUCACUGAGCGCGAACUCGAGGAUGAAUUUCGUGUGUUUGGCGUUAUCAGAAGUGUAUGGGUUGCCAGAAGACCUCCAGGCUAUGCUUUCAUUGAUUUUGACGAUCGAAGAGAUGCCCAAGAUGCCAUCAGAGAUCUUGAUGGCAAAAAUGGAUGGAGAGUUGAACUCUCACAUAACUCCAGCGGUGGUGGCGGUGGAGGCCGUGGUGGUGGUGGUGGCGGUGGUGGUCGCGGAAGGUCUGGUUCUGAUUUGAAGUGUUAUGAAUGUGGCGAGGCUGGUCAUUUUGCUCGUGAGUGCAGAACUCGUGGUGGUACUGGAAGGCGUAGAAGUCGCAGCCCUCCUAGAUACCGUCGGAGUCCAAGUUAUGGUCGGAGGAGUUAUAGUCCUCGUGCGCGUUCCCCUCGGCGUCGAAGCUUAUCACCCAAAGAUCGCAGCUUCAGCAGGUCGCCUUAUCGUGGACGAGAGGAAGUGCCAUAUGCUAACGGAGAUGGUCCUAGGGAAAGAGUCGAAAGACGCAGAAGCAGGAGCUAAGCAUUUAUCUUAUUCAGUAUUUGAACUGAUGGUGCAGUUUUUACAGUAGUGUUUACUCUGCUUGGACUUUGUUACUGCUAUGUAAGUGGGGCGACACCUUCAGCUUCGACUGAGGCAUUUGGUUAUCUUUACUACUUCAGUAGUAAGUUUGUUACUUUUUCCCUAUUACGUGUUCGUCAUAUGCAAACCUCUCUUGAAAUAGCACUUAUCUCACAACUUCCGGAUCUGUUGUUCAUAGAUGAUAUGUUCUAUUAUUGUCUUUUAUGGAACUUUGCUAAAGCUUUAUGAUUU